UAAUCAUCAUUAUAAGCACUGGGCUUGAUAGUUGGGCAAUUAUAAUUUUUGUAGCCGCCGUUCAGCGUUCUACACUAAUUCUACGCUCAGUUCUGACGCCGUUUUAAGAACCAUUGGCGGCGGACGCGCGACGAGUCACGCGCAAGCGGUUCACCGCUCAGGUGUCGGGCCGUAGUCGUAACUCGUCACUGGUCACCGCCGAGACAUCGAUAUUACGUGGCCACAUAGGUGUAGAUCAUGUCUGGAGCUGCAGUGGCCGAGCGUCAACGCCCCAAGGCCGUGUACGUGUUCAGCGGCAAGCGGAAAUGCGGAAAGGAUUACAUAACGGACGCGAUCCACAAAAGAAUUGGAUCAGAAAAAUGUGUGAUAAUUCGUCUUUCGGGCCCCAUAAAAAAGCACUGGGCCCAAACUAAAUCACUUCAAUUGGAUGAGCUUCUCAGUGAUGGUGAAAUGAAGGAACAACACAGAAAGUCAAUGAUUGAAUGGAGUGAAAAUGUACGCACAAAUGAUAAUGGUUAUUUUUGUCGUAUGGCAAUAGAUAUGUAUGAUCAAAACCAUUCAAAAGAUAUAUGGAUUGUGAGUGAUGCUAGAAGAAAGACUGAUAUUGCAUGGUUCAAAUCAAAUUAUGAUAAUUUAAAACUGAUUAGAAUCACUGCAGAUGAAUGCACAAGAAAAGAAAGAGGAUGGAACUUUAUACAGGGAGUUGACGAUGCAACAUCAGAAUGUGAUUUGGAUGACCAUUUAGAAUGGGAUUGGAUUGUUGAAAACAAUAAAUUUAAUGAUUGCAAUGACUUUGUAAAUGAAAUUGUGAACCAUGUACUAACGGUUUGAUGAUAUUUAUUUUAUAUACUUUAAUAGAUUCAAUAUAUUAUAUACAAUAUACAUACAUUCUAUGCACUGGUUUAUGUAUUUAUCAAGCUCACUUAUAUUAAAUAAAUUUACUUAAACUAAUUAAUAUAUUUUUACAAUGCAUAAAUAAACGAAUUUACUAUAA